AAUAAAAAAAAACGGCUUUACGUGUUUGCGCAUGUUCGGUGAAAUCAGCAACGAAAAAAAAAAACAUGUUUUUGUUUUCGUGUUUGAUCAUCGUUUUGCUUCGAUCUAAAUGGGAUUGAGUGAAUUAGUAGUUUCGUGAAAAACUUUGCGAAUGGCUCAUAUUUAGAUAGCAAGUGGUUCAAGUUUUUGUUAUAAUUUUCGUUGUUUCCUUUCUUACUUGUACGCACUUGUAUUUACUCAAACAAAUGGAACGAAUCCAAGCAGUAGAUUGGCAGUCGCUGGACGAUUUAAUCAUGGAAACAAUAUUCGAAUUUUUGCCAAUUCGUGAUCGGUUCAACGCAAGCUUGGUAUGCCGUCGUUGGGCAUCAUGUUUUGACUUGCCGAAGGUCUGGCGAAAGGUUAUUAUCGACGGACACUGGCUGACAAAAACUGUUUGCAACGAUGAGGACAAGGUUCGUUGUUCCGAUCGUGUUCUGGACUAUGAACGAGCACUAAAUUGCUUACAGCGUAUCGGGCCACAUAUACGAAGUGUCAACAUUUGCCAACUGCAAGACUUUGUCAGUUUGUAUCAGCUCUUUGUAUUGUUUGAAUCAUAUUUUGUCAAGAUGCAGAAUUCAUCGCCAAAUAUUCGACAAUUUGCAUUCAAUUUCCCCUGUGAUCAACCACUCGAAAUUAAUCCGAAUGGAAUAAAACUCUUUGGCAUUGGAGGUCAGGUGAUCGGUAGUUUUAGAAAAUUGUUACCAAAAAUGCAAAAACUAUGCCAGCUCGAGCUGGUCGAUUUGGUACUGGAGAGAUAUGAAGCUAACAAAUUACUGGAUCAGAUGAGCAUCAGUUUGAGCCAUUCACUAAAGUUACUCUCAGCUGUUAAUUUGACAAAUUUCCAUUGCCCGCUCCAGCAAAUCGCUAUGAUGUCUAAUUUAGAGAUAUUGAAACUAUCCCCACAAAAUAUUGAUGAUUCCAUGCUUCAUCUCAUAGUUGAAUCAAAUUUGAAACACUUGCAUAUUGUACAAAAUGAAAAUACACCAAAAACUGUGAUGCCAUGCAGCGCCAAAGCAUGGACACAUUUUAAACAGCAUGCAAGCGAACAUUUGCAAGUUCAUCUGGAGGCUAUCUCAAAAUAUACAAACGGAUGCGAUCUAUUGAUACAGCCUGAAGCUCCCGUUCAUUCCAUCACAUGCAAAAAUGCCAAGAGAGGCGUAAUCAAUAAAAUCAUUGGAAAUUAUGGAAGCAGCGUCGUGAUUUAUAGUGAUCAAAGCUCAACACUUGGUGAUAUCGAUCUCAUUGAGAUUGUGUCAGGAUGUAACCAUUUGUCUACCUUGAAAAUCUUGAGACCGAUAACAACUGCCGCUUUGCUUGUGUUGGCUGCAAUGAGUGAAAAUUUGCAAGAAAUUUCGCUGAAUAAAUCGAGUGCCAUCGUGAAGCAUGACGAUUGGAUAAAGGAGUUCUGCUUGAAUAACGGCUUGGAUCAUGCGAGUAUACAAGAAAAUUGUGUGUCUUUAAAUAGUGUUGAACAUGUAAUUUCAAAGCAAUUUUCGAAACCAUGGCGAUUUCUAAUCUAAAAUGUU